GAGAGCAAGCCGCGAGCUUGGCUCACUGCUCUUGAGCGAGAGAGACGGAAGAGAAGUGAAAAUGGCGAUCCUCUGUGCAUCAUCGUCUUCUCCAGCUAUCUUCGCGUCCCCCAAAUGCAAUCCCUCCCUUUCUCCUCUCUCUUCCAGGAGAAGCGUCGCCGGACCAUCGUUCGCGCUGACCAAGCCUGUCGCCACGACGGUUAGCAACCGCAAUUUCGCGGUCCGGUGCCAGAAGGACCUCUCCGUCGUUCCUCUCGAUCAGCGAUGGAUGUUCGAGGAGUCCGAGGUCGAUGGACCUGACAUUUGGAAUAAUACAUGGUAUCCUAAAGCUGGAGAUCAUGUGAACACGGAGAAGCCGUGGUACAUAGUGGAUGCCACGGACAAGAUACUCGGUAGACUUGCAUCGACCAUUGCUAUUCAUAUCCGUGGCAAGAAUCUUGCGACGUACACUCCCAGUGUGGACAUGGGGGCAUUUGUGAUUGUGGUAAAUGCUGAAAAGGUUGCUGUAUCUGGAAAGAAGAGGACCCAAAAGCUCUACAGGAGGCAUUCAGGAAGACCCGGUGGUAUGAAAGUCGAGACUUUCAGCCAACUGCAGCAGAGAAUUCCUGAGAGAAUUAUUGAACACGCCGUCCGGGGCAUGCUUCCCAAAGGAAGGCUUGGCAGAGCAUUGUUCAACCACCUUAAGGUUUACAAGGGCCCAGAACACCCCCACGAGGCCCAAAAGCCCAUUGAGCUUCCCAUAAGGGACAAGAGGAUACAGAAGCAGAGAUGAAUGCGAAUUGGUAUUUUGCUGAAGAGAUUUAUAGCAAUUAUCAGGUGAAGUAGUAAAGAAUUGUCAGUCUUUAGUUUCUUUUUUGUGCGAUGAAGUGGGAAUUUCAUGGGCUCCGCUUCCCAUCAUUUCAGUCU